AUGUCAGAGACAAUUAAUAAUAAAAAUGAAAAUCAAAAACAAAUUAUUGUUGAAGAAAAGUUUACUAUUGAUCAAAAAGAAUUUGUUUCAAUUAUGGUUGGUGUAUUAGUAGGUGUAUUAGUAGGUUUUUUAACACCAAAAGUAAUAAAUUGUUUCAGUGGCUUGUUUAAAAAAUCAGAAGUGGUAGCAGAGAUAAUUACAAACUAA